GCUUUGCGGUUGUGCGCGCGCGUGUAGAUAAAGAUAAGAAAAUUAAAGAAACUCGAAAAUACGUAAAAUGCACGUUUGUCGUGGUGGUCUGUGCUUGGCAAGUGAUGCCCCGUUUCAUUGUUUAGCAAUUUAACUGCCAGUGUCAGUGCAACGAAAUAAAGAAAAGCCAUAGAAAAUAUUUUUACAAAUAAAAUACAGCUAAAAAAUUAAAAACUUGUGGCUUGUUUUGUGCAGUUGAGUGGUGUACGAGCGUAUGUGCCAUAGAGGCAGAUAAUUUUGCGCUUUUUUGUGCGUGUUGACAGCUGCAAAAAAGUAAAACAAAGUGCAGCAGCAUUCGAAACGUGGCCACAAGCGGCAGAGGCAGAGGCAGGCAGACAAGCAGCACAGCAAAUAAACCAAAUAAGCGGCUAAAACACACACACACACACACACACAAACACCUGCUGCCGUUUGCCGGUUGUACGCCAAAAGCAACGAUAAAUAAAGAAGAAAAGUGCAAGCCAGCGGAUAGGGAGAGAUUUCUAUUGUGAUUUUGCUGGAGAAAAAAAACAAAAGAGAAAAGAGAGGAUCGUUCUUCUUCGUUGCUAGACGAACCCCCAGAGACAGACUCCGAUCGUCGCCCACAGUUCCCACACAAAAGAUUGUCAACGGAGGAGUGGCAGUGGAAGUGAAAUGAGAAGUGAAUGAAGAAAAGAGAAGAGAAGAGAAGAGAAAAGAAAAGCUAGUGUGAAAAGUGGAAACCAAAGUGCAUGCACAUGUGUGUGAGGCUGUGUGUCUCUCUCUGUGUCUCUGUUUGUGCAUUGGGAAAUGCUCGUUCGCGAUCCGCAGCUGAGGAUUAUUGAUUUCUUGGAAUUAUAGAUUGCACAAUCCGAAAAACACCAAUCGGGGAGACACAUCUCUCUCUCUCUCUCUCUCCCAGCCCCUCGAAAACUACUUUGGCUAAUUGAUUUCGUUGUUUCCUCGCGAGUUUUGUGAUUGUUUGUUUGAAUGUUUGCUUCUGCGCCUCUCCCACUGCAAUGAGGCGUUCAAAAGCUGCCAAUGACAACAACAAAAACAACGCGACAAAUGAACAGCAGCAGCAGCAACAACAGAAAAAACAACAGAAAGUGCGCGUUUUUUUGCUAUUUUUUUAAUUAAUUUUAAGUGUUUGCCGUAUUUUGUUGCCCUCCUCGACGGACGGCAGGAGCGGGCGAACGACUGCUACGGAAAUCGGCAAUUUAAUUUACAAUACAACAUUAGUACCGACAUAAAAGUGGAUAAGGGCGCUGCGCGCAGGAGGACCCGAAAAAUGUUUGCCGGAAUACGAAAACGCCUGGCACGCAAGCAGAACGAAAAGGACUGCGAUGAGGAUGACAAGGACGAUGUGCACGACAUAAUGCCGCCACCCAAUUUCAUACAAAUCUCGCAGGGCAGAAUCCAAUUGGUGCAUCAGCCGCGUACGCCGGACCCCUCCGACACGGGCACGCUCUCCCUGGAGCGGAUCAAUGGCGGCGGUAGCCUCGGCUCUGGCGGCUGUGAUAAGGAUUUGUUGGAGAAGCGGAUGAUUGAAGUGGAAGGCGCUCUGCUGCGUUUGCAGGAGGAGUUCCAUAAAAGCCAAUGCGGGUCGCCAACGUUCGAGAAGGAAUUGCGCGAGCAAAUUGAGAACAUGAGUCGCAUUAUGAAAUCCAAAGAGCGCAAACAAAUGCAGACAUGUCGGGAUCACAAGGCACUGCAGACGCGCUUCGCCCGCCAGGAGAGUUUGCUGCACUCCAUGCAGCAGGAGAACCGAUCCCUGCUCACACGCAUCCGGCAGUAUGAGCACUGUCUGGACGACGUGAUGCGCAAGGUGGUGGACGCCAUUGUGGCCGAGGACAACCUGCGCGAGGAGGUGAGCAUGCUGAAGAGCCGUGUGCGGGAUCUGGAGGCGCAGAACGCAGCGCUGUCCGCCAGUCCGGUGAAGGGGCGGGACGAGGGCUACUGCACGAUGAGCAGUGGCCAGCCGCAGCCGUCGAACGGCCACCUGGAGGACCUGCCCGAGGAGCCCGAGCAGUGGCUGCUGCCGGCAGAGCCCUGCUCGACGGAAAUGGAAGACUGGAGCAUGUCGCAGGAAGAGCUGGCUGUGAUGACAUUCGACGACGAGCGAGAGCACCACCAGCAGCAUCAACGAAGGAAACGCGACCACGACUGGCUCUGGCCCUCGAGUGACUUCAUCAACUCGACCACCGUCGAGACGGACUCCGUUGGCGACGGCAUUGCCCAGCUGCUGCAGCAAAAGAUUGUCUACUCGGAGGAUGAGGAGGUGGCGUGCACGGACUUCACCAACGACUUCUACAAGCUGGUCAACAUCCGCUCCAAUUCGUCGCGCAGCCUCUACUCCUACCUCGAGGGCGAGACGGACGACGAGGACGAGGAUGACGACGAGGAGGCAGACUCGAGCAUGUCCGAGAGCCAAGCGGCACACACGGCCCGGGCCGCAGCCAGUCCCACGCCCAGCGAGGCAGGACGCGCCCAGCUGACCAGCUGCUCCUCCAGCGAAACGGACGAAAAUUCGAUCAGCCACCCACCGCCGCCGCUGCCGACGGAGUCGCAUCAGGAGAAGGAGGAAGAGCCCGACUAUGCGGUCAUUGACGAGUGCCGGCGGCGCGUCAGCGACAUCGAGAUCGAGGACGUGCCGCUGAUUAUGAGCGCCACGCCCUUGCAGCCCCUCAAUGAGCAGCAAUGCAUAGCGCAGAUCAUCAAGAGCGAGCUGCGACGACCGCCCCAUGUGCUGGUCAAGUCCAAGUCGGUGCUGGAGGAGCAGGAGCCAAGCUGCAUUCUGCGCCACAAUCAGCGUCGCGAGCUGGAGUCCACCGUGGUGCGCAGCGACAGCAUAAGCUGUGCCCUGAUGGCCAAAAUCUCCAAAGAGGCAACGCCCCCGUCACCAGCGAUCGUGUCCAAGCUCAAGGAGCGAAUGUUGAACCGACAAUUCUCCGCGCCGCCGACAUCGAGCCCCUGGCGCAGGAGCAACGGCUGGAAGCGGGUGACAUCCCCGGUGCAGAUACCAGCGGCAGCAUCCCCAAAGAAGAAGCAGGCCAAGUCGACGGAGCUGCCAAAGAGUUGCCUGCCGAAGGCGGUGCCCACCAGAAUUCCAACGAGCAUCAACUCCUCGACGUCAUCCACCUCUUCGGUGUCCUCAUCCUCGCCCUCGCCUUCGUCUCCAUCGCCACAGUCGCCCCAACAGCAGCAGCCAAAACCCUCAGGACAGCAGCAGCGCAAGUCGAAAAUUCCUCCGCCAGUUCCUGUGCGGCGAUCCUAUGCGAGCUAAGUGGCUGCGGCACCGCAGCGAAAUCUCAACUGAAUAAUCGUCAAGCAAACAAAUAUUCAAAGAUUUAAAAGACUAAAUUGUGAUAUAUUCAAACAAACAAAAAAACAAAAACAAAA